AUGGGCCGUUCGGCCUCCAAGCAGCAGCAGGCGACCACCAGUUCGCCCAACAACCCCUGGGAGGUGGAAAUAGCCCGCAAGAAACGUCGCGAGCAAACGGCGAAGGAACGUACCGCCGAAGCGGAAGCCGAACGAAAGCGGUCGGAAAAGCAGCGCAAACGGGCCGAAAAGGAAGCGAAACGGGCCGCCCAGAAGCGGAACCGGAAAAAACGGAAAUCACAACUCGAGCAACUGCAGGACACCGAACCGCCGCCGAUAGUGCGCAAAUCGAAGGCCAAACUGGAGGAGAGCGAUUACGACUCGGAAGCGAUCCGCCGGAUGCAGGACCAGCUGGCGUUCAACAGUGACGUGUUCGUGCUGAACCAGCUGCUGCUGGGCGUGCAGUUCUACGGGAACUAUGAAAGGGAAAUGUGGGGUGCAAUCGAGCGGAACCGCCAGGAGGAGAACAGUCAAAAUGGCAGGAUUUCACGUCAUUGCAAAACGGUUAUUCUACCCGAUCGGCUGCAAAGUGCUGUCGAUCAGAGGGUCAAAUUUCUACCUAAGCACGGACCUCGGAAAAACGAAUUGCAACCUUUGCACACGCAAACUUGCUACGUCAUACACGACAACAUCGAGAUCUCGAAUCCCGGCGAGACUUCCGUCUACAGCAUCCUAACGGAUGCUCCAAUCUAUAAGCUGGAGAUCGAGGAUAAUCUGGAAGGAAAACUAACGACCACGGGAAGGCGACGUCGUGCACACUGCCAUCACGGAUACGUCAAGCUGAAGAGUACGGAGUUCAUCAAACCGAGCAACCUGUCGCCGCUGGAUGCAAUAGCCAGCGGUUCCAAUACCUACGGUGAGUCCAGCGGUUUGUCUAGGAAGGCCACGAAACAAAACGGAAAAACCAGCAGCGCUAGCGAAAGUGACACUAUGGAUGAGGAGGACGAAGUUGAUGAAGAGGAAGACGAUGUACCGAUCGUUAACUUUGGAAAGCUGAAGUUUCGUGAUAGCAUAGCCAUCAACAAGCUACCCAAAACACCCAACGGAAGCAUCUACGGAAUGUCUCGUUUGAUGGUUCCUUCAACUUCGACCAGUUCGACGUCUCCGCCCAGCAGUGAGUACGAUUACGCGUAUAUCACCGCGAUCAACACCCACCAACCGUUGAGUAUCAUGAAGGGAUUAAGCGACGAUCAUCCGCUGAGCACAACAACGCUUCCCGACUACUGCGUGACGACGAUCAGCUGUCCAACCGAGCUGAGCCGCGGUUACUAUUCGGAUGACGAAUCGGACGCUGACAAGCUACUCUAUCUAGCUAAGGGUUCUCUCCGACCAAAGAGCAAUCCGGUGGAGUACAUCACCGAGCAGCGGCAGUAUCUAAACUCCAAAGGAUUCUUGGCCUAUUUCAUAAACCUGUUCCAGGACACUUUGGCGCACGAUUUGGGCAUCCCGAAGGAGGAUCUGGACAAAGCAACCUGGAAGGGGGCCGUCAUUUACAGUGGCAAUUGGGAAAUCGUUCCAGCGAUUGUCUGCCCGUGGCCACGCGAGGCAGUCGAAUGGGUCGAACGAAAGCGUGACAUCAAGAUCAACCCGCUGACCAAGCAGAAAUUCCAGUGGCCGACGCCACCCAUGAUCCAGAAGGUGAAAUCCUUCGGGUGUCACGUCAUACCGACCGGGUACGCUCCGAAGCAAGGCAACAACCGCUAUCGACAGCUCGAGUGGAAGAUGGUCUUCCCCGAAGCCGAUCGCUAUCUGGAAAGUUGCUUAACCAACACCCAGGCGAAGGUCUACAUGCUGACAAAACUGCUGUUCAAAACCUUCCUCGAACCGGCGUUCGCCGUCGGCGUGAGCAUGUUCAGUAACGAACACCUUCGGACGCACCUGUUCUGGCAAUGCGAAACAAACUACGCUGCCUGGCCGGAGGACUACCUGGGCGAAGUACUGGUACGAUUCCUGAAUGCCCUACUGGAGCGCAUCAAGACGCACAAACUGCCCGACUACUUCCUUCCGAGCAGGAAUCUGUUCGAAAACAUCCCGGAAAAGGUGCUGGUAGAGCUGCACAAACGGAUCUUCCGCAUCACCGAAAACCCGUUGAUGCAUGUGCUUAUCGCUGUGCGGAACAUGCGCUUUCCCGGUGGAAGCGUUACGUUCUAUCCGAAGAUCCGAAUCAAGCGCUUGUAUUCGGUGCUGAUUAUCGAUAACCCGCUGAAGCUGAUCAAUCCUCACUUCCGCGAUGAGAACGAAAAUUUGGCCGCCGAGGACUCGGAGGAGGAUGAGGAAAAUUCGAAGGAAGUAGCGGUUGGUUCGAUGGCUUACUUCAAUCAACAGGAGGUGGAAUCAAGGAAGCAACGAACGCGCAUAGUGCGCUUCAUGGAGGCGGAAAAGGCCAAACAGGAGCGGCAAGCCAACGAGGAACGUCGCCCGUCGGAGGAUUCGAUUGAUUUGAUGGUUGCUUUUAAAUUUCAGUUCACCCCACUGAAGCAUAUGGAGAAUCUACGGCGCCAGCUGAUCUACAACAUCUUCGUUCAGCAUUUCAUCGAAAUGGCUCAAACUUCCUGCGUGCUUCGAUCGUUGAAUCAAGGUUUGAUUUACCUAAAGCAAGCGGAGCGGCUGUGCAGCCUGCUGAGCGACGAUCACGGCGUCGAGGAGGCCCGCCGGUUUCUGUCGCAGAUCUACAGCAUGCGGGGCCAGAUCGAGCAAACCAUCAGCAAUACGACCUACGGGCCGGCACUGCCCAAGCGAACCAGCAUCGGCGCAGGGCAGCAAAGUCCGCACAAUCGACGCGUUCGGAUGAAAUCACCGAAGCAGAACGGACACCGAGCACGACCUUCGUACACCAACGUUAGCACCCCUACGCCGCUUUCGCCGCCGGAUCACACGGAUCGCCAGCGACCGCCACGGAAGGUUCCCGUUCAGGUCCAUUCGGCGCAUACUUCCGACGAGCCAGACGAUAUCUCCCAACUGCUAGGCAAUGUAACGCCUAGUGCUUAG